CAAGUAGGGGGCGGUUGUCCCACUGAGGUUUUCGUGUAGUUCAAUUUAAGUGAUUACAAUUCAUCCUGAAAAACUUUCAAAACUCAGGCUCUCUCCCAACGGACACCUCUCAGUACAGGCUGGCCUCUGCAGGGUUGGUGAAGAUGCAUCACAUCACCUGGACAGCCUUGCUGCUGUCAGUCACUCUGUCUGUGAGCUCUGGAGGUAAAGUGCUGGUGUUCCCGUUAGAUGGCAGCCACUGGGUGAACAUGAAGGUCAUCAUUGAGGAGCUGCACUCCCGAGGCCACAGGAUUACUGUAGUGCGAGCCUCAGACAGCUGGUACAUUAAAGAGGAGUCUCCCCAUUACAGUGCCAUAACCAUCCCCACUGCUGGAGGCUAUGAUCAGGAGUUAUUUGGCGCCUUUGUGAAGAGACUUGUGCACAUUAAGAGACAACAGCAGUUCUGGAGUCGAAUAAUGGUUGAGUUUGAAGCAAUGGAAAAGUUCACAGAGAUGCAUCGGAAGAUUUGUGACCUGACCACUAUGAUGUUUGAAGAUGAGGCUCUCAUGAAAUCCCUCACAGAUGGCAAGUUUGACGUCGUCCUGACUGAUCCAGGGUUAGGUGGUGGGGUGUUCUUGGCCCGACGUCUCAGUCUCCCUCUAGUGCUUAACGCGAGGUGGACGGCCCAUGGUGAAGGACACUUUGCCAUCGCUCCCUCUCCGCCCUCCUUUGUCCCUUACCCAGGACUUGAGCUGACAGACAAGAUGACUUUCUCUCAGAGAGUUCAGAAUAUUAUGACGUUCAUCUUUGCUUCCUCUCAGAUUGCAAUGAAUGUUGCUCCCCACUACGCCGCUCUGAGCCAUCGUUUCUUUGGUCCUGAUGUUGACUACUUCUCCUUGUUCCAGGAUGCUGAUAUCUGGCUCAUGAGGAAUGACUUCACCUUUGAGUUUCCACGCCCAACCAUGCCCAAUGUGGUCUAUAUGAGUGGGUUCCAAUGCAAGCCUGCCAGACCACUUCCUGUUGACCUGGAAGAGUUCGUCCAAAGUUCAGGGGAGCAUGGGAUCAUCAUCAUGUCCCUGGGUAGUUUCCUUGCAGAGCUCCCUAGUGACAUGACGGAGGAGAUUGCGGCGGCUUUUGCUCAGCUUCCCCAAAAGGUCAUCUGGAGACAUAAAGGGGCCAAGCCCUCGACUCUUGGCAACAACACCUUACUGGUGGACUGGAUACCCCAAAAUGACCUGCUGGGACACCCAAAGACUAAAGUGUUUGUAGCCCAUGGGGGCACCAAUGGUGUCCAAGAGGCAAUCUACCAUGGUGUCCCGAUAGUUGGCCUGCCUCUGAUGUUCGAUCAGCCUGAUAAUCUGUCCAGAAUGGUGGUAAGAGGAACCGCUAAGGUAGUGGACAUUGCUACUCUGGACAGAGCAGUGUUUGUGGAGGCGUUAAGGGCAGUGUUGUAUGAGCCGUCCUACAGGGAGAAUAUGCAGAGGCUCUCCAGGAUCCACCAUGACCAGCCCAUGAAGCCUCUGGACCGCGCCAUUUUCUGGAUAGAGUUCGUCAUGAGGAAUGGAGGCGCCCCUCACCUGCGCACACAGUCCUUUAGGAUGUCCUGGAUGGCUUAUCAUUCUAUAGACGUCAUACUGACUCUGCUGAUGGCUUUGCUGCUCUUACUACUCAUUAUGUUCCUGGCCAUCAAGAAAUGCUUUUCAGUUUUAUUCAAAAAGAAAGUCAAAUGUGAAUAACGAUAUAUUUUUUUUGUUUUUUUUACUAAAAAUAUCACAAUAGCAGUCAUAAAGUAAGUUCAUGUAUAUAUGUAUCUAAGCCCACAAAAUGGUAACACUGAGUUUUGUACUGUCAGUGUCUGUAAUUAAGUGUGCAAGGAAGCUUGGCAAUUAAUCUCUACUCUACUCUGUUUAGGGUAGACGUGUAUUUAGACCAGUGGUAAUAGAUGUGAAAGAGUUUCAAAUAUCCCUUCCUGUUUACAGGCUAUAGUUGCCUCCCUUCAGCAGAAACAUGCAGCUACUGGUUUGUGCCCUCCUCCUAGAAGCACUCUGCAGUCAUGUGUUUUCUAAGAGAACGUCCACCUUUUUUGCCUUUGGUAUCAGUUUACAGCUUGCCCGUGUGAGUCGAACGCAGCAGUGCAGGGGAUUGGACAUGUGGACAUGUUUUCCCCAGUAACUGCAACAAGGUCGGGGUCAUUACACAGCCGGCACCCAGUGGAGGGUUUAUAGUUCUGUGCACUUAAAAGUAGGAGGGUUUUUGUAUUGAAGUUGCAUGUGUUUAAUUCGCAUGUACAUGAAAGUGAAACUUAUACUACAAACAGACACUAAAUGGCAGUGUAGCACAUUCUCUGGACCAAUGUCAAAUUACUAGCCUAUAUUACAACACUCCCACUUAAUUUUACAAUUGUAUUAAGUCUUUUAUGCUAACAUACAUCACUCAGACAUGAACUUAAGGCAAUAUUCAACUUCACAAAUAAUGUCAAGAUAAACCAUUAACACACACACUAGCAAGUAUCUUGUUAUUCCUUAACUGUAAAAUUAACCUUGCUAUUCAGAACACAAUUCAACAGCAUUGAACAGUACGCCUUUUAAACUGUAGGACAAAGUCCGAUCUCUCUUCUGAGAUAUUCACACUUCUGUCUAGGUACGGGCUUUGUCAGAAUAUCAGCCUUCAUCUCAUCUGUUGGACAGUAUUUCAGCUGUAUUUGUCCAUUCUGCACACAUUCACGAAUGUAAUGGUAACGAAUGUCUAUGUGCUUGGUUCUUGAGUGAUCGACUGGAUUCUUCGCUAUUGCGAUGGCUCCUUGGUUGUCCUCAUGGAUCACAGUUGGUGUAGUGUCCAUUCCGAGAUCACUCAGAAGUCGUUGAAGCCAGGUACAUUCUUGAGCUGCCUGGCUGAGUGCGACGUACUCUGCCUCAGCAGAUGAGAGUGCAACUGCCAACUCACUGCUCCUCCACCCAGCAGAAAAACAUUGCCUGUUGUUGAGUGACGAUCAUCUUGAUCUCCUGCCCAGUCAGCAUCUGAGAAUCCGAUCAACGCUCCAGAUUCUGAUCUUUCAUACUUGAGAACAAGAUUCAAUGUCCCUUUCAGGUAUCGAAGAAUUCUCUUGACAGCAGUCAAGUGUGCUGCAUUUGGAUCUGCAUUGAACUUUGAUACAGCACUCACUGCUUGUGCUAUGUCUGGCCUUGUAGCCAUUGCAGCAUACAGCAGACUUCCUACCAUGGACUGGUAAGUGCUUGGGUUCACAGGCUUACUUACACCAUCAAUUUUUUUCAGCUUGACGUUUGCGUCAGCUGGAGUUGCAACGGGAUUGGCAUUGUCCAUUUUAUACUUUCGAAGUAUUGCUUCAAUGUAAUGCUUCUGAUGAAGAAACACACAAUUCUUCUCAUGAUCUUGGACAACAGAGAUGCCCAGGAUGUAGGACAGCUCUCCCAUGUCUUUCAUCUUGUAACGCUUCUUCAGUGCAACUUUCAGUUCAUUCAUGCUUUCUUUUGACUCAGUAAUCAGAAUCAGAUCAUCUACAUACACAGCUAGUAUCUCUAACUCCUGUUGAGAUCUCACAAACACACAGGGAUCUGAUGUACUCUGUUUGAAACCUAGGUCUUUCAUGAAUUCUGUGAAAGUCUUGUUCCAGCAACGAGGAGAUUGCUUCAGUCCAUAUAUGGACUUCUUGAGCUUGCACACUAGAUGUUCCUGUUCUGCUUUGACGUAGCCCUCCGGUUGCUCCAUGUAACUUUCCUCUUCUAGAUGUCCAUUCAGGAAUGCAGUUACUACAUCCAUCUGGUGUACGUGUAGAUUAUUCUGGACAGCAAAGGCAAGUAAGGUACGAAUUGAGCUGAAACGUACCACAGGUGAAAAGGUUUCAUCAUAGUCAGCACCAUACUUCUGUGAGUAACCCUUGGCAACGAGUCUGCAUUUGUAUCUUUCCACUCGUCCAUCACUAUGAUGCUUCACUUUGAACACCCAUCUUGAUCCUAUGGCCUUUCUAUCUCUUGGCAAGUCAACUAAAUCCCAAGUUUCAUUUUCCAUCAGCGACUCAUAUUCCAGGUCAGCCGCUUCCUGCCAUUCCUUUGCAUUUGGUGUCAUUAAUGCCUCUUUGAGUGUGAUUGGUUCUGUGACAUGACAAACAUUGGCAUAAUGAUCAACAGUCACUACAUCAGCAUACUCAUCAUAUCCGUAUCUCGUUGGAGCUUUUCUGAUUCUGCUACUCUCUCUCAUAGCUUCACUGACAGUAGCCUCGUCAGCUGGUGCUCCCGUCUCUUCCGGUGUCAUGAUAGUCUCAUUGUCUGAACAAGAAAUGUCCACUUCCUGUUUCCAGUUGAAGUCUGAUUCGUUAAAGACAACAUCUCGACGAAUUAGAAUUCUCCUUUUGUCUUCGUCCCACAGACGAUAGCCUUUGGCAUUGUUUGCAUAUCCAACAAAACGAAGUUUCACAGCUUUCUUGUCCAGUUUUCUUCUCUCUAUUUCUGGUACAUGUGCAUAAGCAACACAGCCAAACACUCUCAUGUGACUCAGAUCUGGCUUUUUGCCACACCGUCUUUGAUAGGGCGUACCUUCCUUCAGAACAGAUGUGGGUAGCCUGUUCUGUAUGUAAGCUGCAGUUGCCACAGCUUCCGCCCAGUAGAUCUUUGGCAAUUUAGCAUGAGCUAACAUACUUCUGGCUGCUUCGACUAGUGUCCUAUUUUUUCUUUCUGCAACACCAUUUUGCUGUGGUGCAUAUGGUACAGUCAUUUCAUGGUGAAUACCUUGAUCCUUCAAGUAUUCCUGAAAUUCUCUGGAUGUGUAUUCUCCUCCAUUGUCUGUUCUCAAUCUAAUGAGGUUCCGGCCACACUCAUUGGUGAAUGUUUUCUCAAACUCCUUGAAUUUGCUAAGCACCUCACUCUUUUGUUUCAUGAAGUAUACUUUGCAGCAUCUUGAGUAGUCAUCAAUGAAAGUUACAAAGUAUUUCGAUCCACUUACAGAUUCAGUCUGCAUGGGACCACAGACAUCACUAUGAACUAGCUGUAGCUUGUGCUUGGUACUAAUUUCUUCCACUGGUUUGUAUGGCUUUCGAGACAGUUUACCUUCAACACAUGCUUCACAGAAGGGUAAUUCUUUCUCUGCACAAAAGUCCACACCUUUCGUCAGUUUUUUCAGUUCUUUCAAUUUGGUCGUGUGACCCAGUCUCUGAUGCCAUAGACUGGCAGCUACUGAUGCACUUGAUGCACCGUGACAGACAGAUGAGCUUCCUUCGACAUCCAGUUGAUAAAUCCCAUCAGCUCUUUGUGUCCCCAUUCCACAAAGAUCUCCAUCUUUUCCACGUAUGUAGCAACGAGACUUAUUGAACUUCACUGUAUUUCCUUUUCUGACAGCAGCUCCCACUGAGAAAAGAUUUCCAGACAACUUGGGAACAUACAGCACAUCAUACAUGUUGACAGUUUUUAUAUCGCUGAUUUUGAAUGUAAUUCUCAAUUUUACGUUUCCAAGUCCUAGGGCGUCAACCACCCUGCCAUCACCAAGUUUGACUGACUGUGGUUUUGGAAAUUCCUGGUAAUCUUGUAGAAUCUCUCUGUGACAUGUCAUGUGCUUUGAUGCACCAGAGUCUAUAAACCACUCAACCUGUUGUGGUAUCUCAUUCUGAUUUUUCUCUUUAGCAACAAAGGCACUCUCAGACGAAUUAUCUGCAUCUUCACACACCAUGCUUUUGGCCUUGUGGGUUUUAUUGGUCUUUUUCCAGCUUUUACAGUCCCGUUUCAGGUGACCUUCCUUCCCACAAUUGUAGCAUCGAUAUGAGCUAUAUUUGUCUGCUCCCACUGCCUUGGGAUUAGCCUGCAUUUCUCCAUAUACUUGUGUUGACAUGGCUGAUGCACCUCCUGAUGCACUAGCACUAGCACCACCAUCAUUAGCAUGCACACGCUUUUGCUCUUCAUUUAUCAGCGCUUGCUGUACAAACUGCAAUGUUAAAUUAUCCAUUUUUGUCUCUAGUGCAGUGACAAUUGUUGCAUAGCUUGGUGGCAGGCUACCUAGCAGUGUUACAAUCUGAUCUUCUUCGGCAAUCUGAGUACCUAUUGCUCCUAGUUUAUCAGUCAGUUCCUUCCUUCAGUCAGUUUCAAAUGUUCAGUAAUAUUUUCUUCAUCUUUCAUUUCACAUCUGAAAUACUUCUUCUUAAGGAACAACUUAUUAGCAAGAGUGUCUCUUUCAAAGUGUCCUCUUAGCGUGUCCCACGCUUCUUUUGGAGUCUGACAGCUUGUUAUUAGGUACAAUUGGGGUGUACUUACAUUCAGCACUAGCACAGAAAAUGCCCUCUCUUUCCGUUUCUGGAAUUCUGCUCGAGUCUGUGCAUUAGCAUCUGCUGCUACGGUAUCCGUCUCCAUGACCAUGCUCCAUAGCCCUUUCGCCUUCAGAAAGUGUUCAAUCUGAAAUUUCCACGUUGCCCAGUUCUCUGGUCCGCUCAGCUUCUCAAUAAACAGCUUAUCUUCCAUUGUGAAUCCCACAACACUGUUUAUGCCACACAAAUUCCGUGUAAAACAGCCUUUUUAGCGACGCUCUGGGCCCAUAACCUAUUGAAGUUGCAUGUGUUUAAUUCGCAUUUACGUGAAAGUGAAACUUAUACUACAAACAGACACUAGAUGGCAGUGUAGCACAUUCUCUGGACCAAUGUCAAAUUACUAGCCUAUAUUACAACAUUUUGUGCACCCAGUCCACAGAGAUUCCUGUGUAGUUUUGGCUAAAGGACUACAGUUCAUCCUGAAUAAGACUCUUCAGUCUGAAUCCUCAUAGUGCUGGAGCAAUCUCCUGCUGGAGCUGACGUCUGCUGGGUGAGUGUAACACUGAAUACACAUGCAGUCUUCCAUGCUCACCUUUGUGCUGUUAAAGGUGUGCUUACACACACAUAGCAACGUUCCGGUAGGCAGUAGGCUACCUAAAAAGAUGUCAGACAAAAUGGUGACUAAAACUGAUAACCAUUUGUAUGUCACAACUCUCCAUAACUGCUCCUGAUCGGAAAGAUGGUUUAAAAAAUAACCGCAGAUCAGGUAUAAUAACUAUGAAGUACUCUCUGAGGAAAUAUUUGAUUAAACUGAUGUGUUAAAUGUACCACACUGACACAGUUACUCAUGUGCUUGGCUUUUGUACAUGUAUUGAGUGCUAUUAAUAGUGAAUGAAUACUUUUCUAAAAGUAAAAGGUUAAUCUCUUUUAAA